AUGAAAUAUAUACCUCUAUUGUCUCUUAUAUUGAUCUUUGCAUCUGCAAUUUCACUUGUGGAAGCAUCAAACUGGUCUCCCGAAGAUUACGAGAUUUUCAGUUUAAAUGAUAAAGUUCAGCAAGAUUUAGGACAAGGUACGAGUUUUUACUCUUGGUUAGAAUUGCCAAACGGUCCUAAGUCCACAUUACAAGAAAUUUCUAAGGCUUAUAGAAAGAAAUCACGUAUUUUACAUCCUGAUAAAGUAACCGGAUCCAAGUCGUUAAAAAAACAAGCAGAGGAACGAUUCCAAAGGUUAUCUCUAGUUGGAAAUAUUUUGAGAGAUCAAUCUUUAAGAAGACGGUACGACUAUUUUCACUCAAAGGGAUUUCCAAGAUGGAAGGGAACAGGAUAUUAUUAUUCAAAAUUCCGUCCAGGAAUUAUUAUGACUGCUAUGAUACUUUACGUGAUAGUUGGAGGAAUUCACUUCAUUGCCUUGAAGAUUGGUAGGAAACAGGACUUCAAACGUCUCAGAGAUUUGAAAGAGCAAACUAAGAAGCAAGCUUGGGGCGGUUCGCAGAUUCCUCCAGCUGAUGGUUCAAGUAGGAAAGUUUUCAAUGAAACUACUGGGAAGCAAUUUAUGAUCGCUCCAGACGGGAAUGUUUCGUUGAUAGUUUCUGAACCUAAGAAAGAAUCGUAUCUUAUUCCUCUUGAUGAAAAUGACAUCAACCUAAACCCAGGCUUUAAGGAGUCUCUUUUUUUCAAGCUUCCUUGCGCAUUAUGGAAUUUUUCUCUUGGAAAAGCAUUGAAUAAGACUAUCGACACCACUGUCGUGUUUGAAAAUCAAAACAAACAGGAAACUUCUAUCCCAACUGAACAGAAGAAGAAAUCAAAGAAAAAAACUCAGAGAGGCCAAAGCUUUGAAUUACCUAAUGGUAAAGUAGUUUAUGGAAGAAAUGGAAGUUCGACUUCUCAAAAGAGAAAACAAAAGUAA